GGAUUCCACAGUGGGACGGGCCGAUUCUGCAAAUGGCUACGAGGUGCGAUUUGUCGAUUUGUUCGUCGUUAAUCUUCUCUUCUGCCGCUCGGAAGGAGGCGUACACCCGCUCUGUCUCGCAGGCUGCCCUCAGGUUUCAAUGUCAUAACACUGAGUGACGCCAGCAGUGUGGGAACAUCCAAAACAAACCUCACCUCAUUGCUGUUAGGAGUUUGACUGACGACUGCAAGAGAGAGCGAACGAGUGGUAGAAGACACGACAGUGUUGCACCCGCACUCCUUCACCGGGGCUAUGGAGGAGGAGGGGCAGCAGAGUCUGGAAUGCAUCCAGGCCAAUCAGAUCUUCCCUCGCAAGCCCCCUGUCCUGGACGAUGAGGAUCUUCAGGUGCCCUACCCAGAGCUGCAUGGAGAGUAUACGAAGUAUGUGGGAAGGGCGGAGGAUGCCAUCAUCGCCAUGUCCAGCUACCGCCUGCACAUCAAGUUCAAGGAGUCGGUUGUUAAUAAUUGUUCGUGUGAGGUGUCAGUUCCCCUGCAGCUGAUAGAAAGUGUAGAAUGUCGGGACAUGUUCCAAAUGCACAUCACCUGCAAAGACUGCAAGGUCAUCAGGUGUCAGUUUUCCACAUUUGAGCAGUGUCAGGAGUGGCUGAAGAGGCUGAGCGCUGCGUUCCGUCCCCCGUCCCAGAUAGAGGAGCUCUUUUCCUUCCCCUUCCACGCAUGGUGCGUGGAGAAGGAGCAGCACGGGGAUCUGUGUAGGCCAGGUGAUCAUGUGAUGUCACGUUUCCAUAACGAGGUGGAGCGGAUGGGAUUUGAUACUCUGAAUGCCUGGAGAGUGUCUGAGAUCAACAACAAGUACAAGUUGUGUUCCAGCUACCCUCAGCUGCUGCUGGUGCCAGCCUGGAUUACUGAUAAAGAGCUGGAGAAUGUGGCCGCCUUCCGCUCCUGGAAGAGGAUUCCGGCCGUGGUUUACAGGCACCAGAGCACAGGGGCAGUGAUCGCUCGCUGUGGUCAGCCUGAGGUCAGCUGGUGGGGCUGGAGGAACGCAGAUGAUGAGCACCUGGUGCAGUCCAUCGCCAGAGCCUGUGCUGUUGACAGCAGCUCCUGUAAAGGCGUCUCCAACGGCUCCUUCUCCCACGAGUACACUAACGGAGCUGACCUCUCAGAUGUGGACUUUGACUCGUCUAUGACUAACAGCUCAGAGGUGGAGACACUGGCCAUCCAACCUCGAAAGCUUCUGAUCCUGGACGCCAGGUCAUACGCCGCUGCCGUAGCCAACAGAGCCAAAGGAGGAGGGUGUGAAUGCCCAGAGUACUACCCUAACUGUGAGGUGGUGUUUAUGGGUAUGGCCAACAUCCAUUCCAUCCGCAAGAGUUUCCAGUCUCUGCGCUUCCUCUGCACACAAAUGCCUGAUCCAGCCAACUGGCUGUCUGCUCUGGAGAGCACAAAGUGGCUGCAGCAUCUGUCCCUCCUGCUCAAGGCGUCUCUCCUCGUUGUGAACGCCGUGAACCGUGACCACAGGCCCGUACUGGUGCACUGCUCAGACGGCUGGGAUCGCACCCCUCAGAUAGUGGCGCUGGCCAAAGUCCUGCUGGACCCGUACUACCGCACCAUUGAGGGUUUUCAGGUGCUGGUUGAGACCGAGUGGUUGGACUUCGGUCAUAAGUUCGCAGACCGUUGUGGUCACGGAGAGAAUGCGGAGGACUUGAACGAGAGAUGUCCUGUCUUCCUGCAGUGGUUAGACUGUGUGCACCAGCUCCAGAGACAAUUCCCAUGUUCCUUCGAGUUCAACGAAGCCUUUCUGGUGAAGCUAGUGCAGCACACGUACUCGUGUCUGUUCGGGACGUUCCUGUGUAACAGCAGGAAGGAGAGAGAGGACCGACACAUCCAGGAAAGAACCUGUUCCGUUUGGUCUCUCCUCAGAGCUGCCAAUCGCUCCUUCAAAAACAUGCUGUACUCCUCUCAUUCAGAGACCGUGCUUCAUCCUGUGUGUCAUGUACGCAAUCUCUUGUUAUGGACAGCAGUUUACCUACCCAGCUCUUCACCCACAACCCCUUCUGAUGACUCCUGUGCCCCCUACCCUGCACCUGGUGCCAACCCUGAGGACCAGCCCCUCGGCAGGCGUCCUAAAACCCGCUCGUUCGAUAACCUGCCCAGUGCUUGUGAAGUCGGAAACCCGCUGACCUCCAAUCGACGUUCCAGCGACCCCAGUUUGAAUGAGAAAUGGCAGGACCAUCGCAGGUUUCUGUAG